CUAUACUGAAAAAACUUAUAUGUUAGUCUAUUAGGUGGGGUAGGAUGCAUAUUCAGUUUGUAACGAUGUGUUUUACAAAAGGGAAAAAAAUUUCCUCGAUACAGGGAGGUGGACUGGAACCCAGGUCCACAAAUUUGGAGCAUACUUGCUAAAUGGCUAUAGCCACUAACACUUAGAUAAGACAAAUUGUCUACAUCUAUUUUCUCAAAAACUAACAUGUUUUCAAUGACAAACAUCUGUAUAAAAUUUGACUCAACCCUCAAUUGGCAAAAAUCCAUUAUCGUUAUGGGUAAAGUUGGGUGCCUGACAAAUUGAGAUUAUUUCUUUCUGUGCUGUGACUCAUGUUUAAAAUGCGUUCACCAACCAGAGGGCAAAGUACAUUUAUAGCGUCAUUGCUGAAACUUAAAAAGUUUAAAUUCAUACUAUGCACUAGUAUUUGUUUUAAAAAUUUAACAAACUUUGCAAAAUGUAGAGUUCAAUACCUUGCAUAGCUUUCAAUUAUGAUAUCAUCAUCAAUGGGCUUGACUGCUGCUUGGACAAUUGAUAUUGGCAGGUUGAUAUUAAUAGAUGAAUAUGAGGCCUAUGGUUCAGAGCUUGUUGCAAGGUUUCCAACAUGACGGCAUUUUGAAAGCUGGCACAUCAGGUAUCAAGAAGUAUAUCUAUGUCUAGCCAACAACUAAAUAUUUCUAUAGCCAAUCUACAAGCUGCACAUGUGGCACUUAGCAAAAUGUAGCCCAUAGUUCUUCUCACUCGUACUAUUUCAGAAACAUGUUACUUUCAAUGAAAACACGGCACAAUCUAAUUUAGUAUAGACAUAGAGCCUGAUAAUAUCUUUCUGACACAGAUGAUGACAGUAGUUGAGUACUUUAACAUCUCCUCAAAGUACAAUACUCUCUUUUCAAGAAAUUGUAACAUCCGGUAGUAAUGAAACAAGUGCACUGUACUGCAUCUCUUGGUAACCAUAAUUACACUUUAACAAUCUCAUGCUGCUAUUGAACUGGUAGUGCAUUGUCUUCAGCACUAAAAAUAGGUUUAACUACGCAUUAAAGAAAAGAGCUGAAUCAGACCAUGAGCACUUAAGAACACAAACAAACUGCUUAAGUGCACAAAGGAAACCAAUAGUUUCUUUGGUGUAUUAAAAUAUGAAUAUAUUCUAAUACGCCCAAUUUCUUAAUGAGACGUACACAGUAGGUAUUCAAAUCACAGAGCGCUUAAUGUAUAAAUUCUAAGUAGAUUAACAUCAUGAGUAUCGUUGCAUAGUUCUUUUGAGUGCUAUGUAUCAAGGGGUGAUUUAUACGCCAUCUCCAGAAGGCAACCUUUGGUGUGGGUCUCUUCCGUACUGCGAUCUUAACACGAAAUGUUUUGAGGUUUCUCGAAGGCCAAUAACGAUAUUCAUUUUAAUGCAGGCCAGUAAAUAAAACAAAUAAUUCGAUCUUUACCUGAAAUCUUGAUAUGAGAAAGCUGAAUAACCAUUUCAUUAAUAAGGAAAUAAGUGCCAGUAGUAACCAUAUUUUUUCCUAAGCUACAGAAAGGAUGUAUUAGCGCCUGCAAAACUGGCAUAAUCACAACUAAUUUUAGUUUGUGGUCUAUUAAUUCUCACAAGCCAGGAGAACUGUUCUUUAUCCAAUACAUUUUACGGUGUAUUUAACAAAAAAUAUAAUAUUCGCUACAAGUAUUACCGGGCAGUUAGUAAUAUACAAAGGUGACUUCAUUGACGAGACAUAAUACCAACAUACUGUUAAAUAAAAGGCUUAUACUGCCUAUGCGUUCAUUCCCUAAACAAAUCACCCACGACUAUCAAGCGCUUUAUCGCUUCUCACAUUUCACUUGUUUGUUUAUGAACUAAGUGACAGUUAUACGUUGAAUGUCUUCAAACUUCAUCUAUGCAAUGUUUCCUUCCUGUGCCAAGCCAAUCCAUAGAAAUAAAUCGUAAUUUAUUAUUUUACAUGCAGCUUGGGAAAAUGCUUCAAGAGCACAGUGCGACAUUUAGAUAAAUUUGACUCGCUGAGUACCCCACCACAACAACAAGUUGAGUGUUGAGAAGAAACUCUGCCAUUUUGGAUUACAUACGAUUUUUAAUUGUUUGACAAUAUUACUUCCAAAAUUGAGUUCAACGACAAGAACACUAACAAAUGUUUAAAUGGACGCAUCGUCCAUCAUCACCCAAGUGUCGCGGGAUGACGAACAAUUAAGCAAUUUUUCACCAGAGAAAGUUCAAUUGCCACGGGUGGAAAAUGAAAUAUCAGUUCAAGGUCAGACUGGGAAGAAGCCCCGGCGUGGAUUGCUGCGCACUCUUCUCUGCUGCUUCAGUAGACAAGCAAGUUCAAAAAGUUCUAAAGCAUCAACGGGAAAUGAUGGUCGUUGCUCUCCCCCAGUUAGUCCGGGCUCGCCCAAUUUUCUGCUGCCAUCUGUGCGACAUUCGGACAUGCACAAAAAGUGUAUGGUGAUUGACUUAGAUGAAACACUGGUUCACAGUUCAUUCAAGCCUAUUAACAAUGCUGACUUUGUUGUUCCGGUGGAAAUCGAUGGAACAGUUCAUCAAGUUUAUGUCCUGAAACGACCAUAUGUAGACGAAUUUCUUCAGAGGAUGGGAGAACUUUACGAGUGUGUACUAUUCACUGCAAGUUUGGCCAAGUAUGCUGAUCCUGUGGCUGACUUGCUGGAUAGGUGGGGUGUUUUCAGAUCGAGAUUAUUUCGAGAGUCUUGUGUGUUUCAUAGAGGCAAUUACGUGAAAGAUCUUAAUAAACUGGGACGUGAUUUGCAAAAAGUUGUAAUUGUUGACAACUCUCCUGCUUCCUAUAUCUUCCAUCCAGACAAUGCUGUGCCUGUUGCUUCAUGGUUUGAUGACAUGACUGAUUCUGAGCUUCUGGAUCUGAUACCAUUUUUUGAGAAGCUUAGCAAAGUGGAUAAUGUGUACACAGUUCUCUGCAAUUCAAACCAUCCAUAUAACACGACAGCACCAUCCACAGUACCAUCACCACUGUCAAAUCAGCAGCAACAGCAGCAGCAGCAGCAGCAGCAACAGCAACAAUUACACAGCCUUCAAGUGAACAAUCAUACACAAUUGAAUGUGGGCUCGUAGCCAAGCUUGUAUGUUAACUUUGUUUUAGUCGAUCAGUGUGAACCUGUUGGUGUUAAGACAAGGCAGAAGCUGGGACCUGAAGUUAAAGGCCAUGCUGUUAAUCGUUAAAAGUGUGUAACUGUGAGUGCGAGUGAGAUGUGUCAGAUUCGUUUGAAAUUGUGUUAUUUGUGGUCACGGAAACCACAUGUUACAAAUGAAAUUUGCUUCAUCCUUUUCAAGAAAGUGCAGGACUUUGAUUUCCAUGCAAAACUAUUGCAUGAAUCAACUGUAACACUUCACUUUUGAUGCCUGUUGCAAGAGAGCAAGUGUAAAUAUUUUAUAAAAAGAAAUUCAGAAAUUUUAUCCAACAGUCCAAGUGCCAAUAUUGCCUUCUGAAAAGAUUAAUUGUUCCUCGUUGGCAAGGAAAGAAAUUAUUCAGCAGGUCAUGUUGUGUAUACAUGUAAGUGUGCCCAUGUGUUUCUGUGUGUGUAUGUGUGUGUGUAUUCUCGGUCCAACUCCCUCAACAAAGUCAACUCCCAGUUAUUUUUGCUGACAAGAAUAGUUUUUUAUAAUGGAAUCUGUUUCCCCAGAUUAUAUUACAAACAAUUUUGAUAAGGCAGAAUGAAACCCUGUGCAAUUUUUGUAACCAGUCAAGGGAUCUUGUAUAAUCUAUUGUCAUAUUUGCUUGUUACAUUUAAUAUGAUUUUACUCUGACUAGUGAAAGAUUUUAUGUACGACUAAAAAAUUAUAUAUAUAUACAUAUAUUUAUGGCACUAAUCAGCCACUGUAAUAAAUUAAUUUUGGAAUGAGUUACCUGCUGUACAGAGUAAAUUUGACAAUGAUUGAAGAAAUAAUUUGGUGUUACAGUUUUUAACAAUACAAACAGUCCUGAAGCAAGCACUUACUUCACAUAUUUUAAUGCUCAGGAAAGUUUGGUGCUACUUUCUUUUUUUAUGUAACAUUAUUCAGGUACACACAAUGCCGAGAAAGAACAUAAGUUCAUGGGAAUUAGAAUUUGCAACCAAAAGAACAAUCAUAAAUAUGAGUUAUUAGCCCUCCUCUCCAUCUUUUACUUGCCUACCUUCAAGCAAGUAAAGCAAAAUUGCUUUUUAAAAAAGCAGUUACUUAUAGGACGCCAUUGAAUGAAUAAAGAAAAUGGAGUUGAUAAAAUGAUGGUAGAUCUGUAAUUUGAGCUGUUAAAUUUGAUGUACUGUGGUUAUUUGCCACACACCUAUUAUAAGUAUGUGACUUUGCUAAUCUCUAUAGUGGCCUUAUACAAGCAUGCCAGCAUAUUGUGUUGGCAUGUUUGGAUGUGUGAUUUCGCAUAUCUGGCGAUAUUUACACAGCUUUUAUCUUUAUUAUAAUUUUUUACUCUGACUAUUUAUAUAUGUAUAAAAGAGAGUAACCAAGUAACCUGUUCAUGGAUUUCAGUAUUUACCCUUCUGGUGGUGGUUGCCAAUAUUUACUGUGGCAGGGCAACUCUGAUUUUAGUUCAACUCUUGCAGUACAAAUGAGCAUCACAAUAUCAGUCUGUACCAAUGAUUGGUUUUACUUAAUUGAUGUAUGUAUCAUCCAGCGGGGGGUUUGUUUAUGUGCUACAUGAAUUGUUGGUUAAGAAAUUGAAGUUUUGUUUUAUUUUUGUAAAGUUUAUUGUGUACUCAUUAUGAAUCAUACUUAAGAUAUUUUGCAACAAAUAAACUGAAAUGUGCUUUUUGUUUUUCCUUGUGAAUGAUAAAAGUACCUUGUUUUAUUUAAUUUGUAGUUGAUCAGUGUGUACAUAAUUAAAAUGUAAUAUUCUACCCAUUUGCUUGUCUUCCUAAGUUUUAUUGCUUAUUUGUUAAAGAGAUUGUACUUAGACCUUAGAUUUGACACAUUAUAAAUUUGUGAAACUGGCUGGUUUUAAAAGUUGGUUCGGUGCUAUCUAUAACUGAAUGUGAUAAAAGUAAAUAAAUCUGUUCAGAAGACCAUUAUUUAUGGAAAGUGCUGUAUCUUUCUUUUAAUUACUUGUUAUAGACUUUAUUUAAAGACAUACCACAAUAAAGAAAGUUGUGCCUUCA